AUUUCAUUUACGGCCAUAAUCACGAUUCACAACGAAUCUUGAGUAAAACAUUUAUUAUGGAACAAUCAGACGCUGCUUGUGUAGAAGCGGAGCGCGCGCGUCUGCGUCGCAACCAGCGAAACUCGAGAGCAAGGAAGCAGGCCUAUAUCCAAAAUCUCGAAAAGCAAUGGAAUGAAUGCAUGCGGUUAGGGGCUCAAGCCACCAUUGAGAUGCAAAAGGAAGCACGGAGGAUUCAAGAAGAGAACCGAGUGCUCCGAACUCUAUUACAUGACCAAGGCUUCGAUGAUGUGGCAAUCCAGCGUGUUAUUGAUGCUGCAAAGCUCGCAGAAGAGAGCACGAAUCAGAUGCAGAAUUCGCAAGAUAGCUCAAAGACUAGCACAUUAUACAAUUGCAAUUUCUCACCUAUUCCAUGCUUAUCGGCGUUGUCUCGGACGGAAAGACCACAGCUCUCGGAGGACCGAGAUGAUAAACCCCCGCCGCCUCCGGUCCCGCAUAAUUGUGUGACCGAUCUUUUUAAUCCAGAAGAUGUCUUUAAUACCGAAAUUAAUAUAAACGACCAAACAUACCAAAACUAUCUCUAUUUUACAGAGAUAUUAUCUGACGAAACCAUGAACUUCCCUGCUCUCUAUGACGCUGAGCGCGAUCUCCCCGCGUUGCCAUUACAAGAUGAGGACCCCACGCACGGCUCAAGCAGGCGAGCGGAUAAUAGUCAAUGUAGUCAUCCAAACCCCUCGGAAACGUGCCAUAAUACAUAGCCCCGAUCAUUCAGGGGUGUCCUACCACAUACGGGCGUUAAGUAGCCUUCUAUUUCGGCAACUUUCUAACUAUUAAUCAGCGACACACAAUUCUUUAUCAAUUGGAUCCAACUGGAUAGCUUACUGCCUUGUGGCUUCCACCCUAUGCCCGCUUCAGUUAAAAAGAGAGCCUCAGCUAAACAUGUCUCGUGCUCCUGGGCACAGCCUCACGAUAAUUCAUCGCCUCUUACCCAAAAAACUAACUUGGUUGAGUUAGAACAUAAAUCCCAGCCGGUGUACCUCUUCACCGAUCAUAGAGCGAGAAAGCUAGUAAUCGACGUCAUACUAGGUGCUGGAAUCCUUUUGACGACAGUAUGAAUUCUGAAGUUUGGCACAUUACCUACUGUGAGGGGGGAUAGUUAUGGUUCGGGAUGUCGAAUUCAUUGAAGCAUUCGAAUUGCUCGGUAUUCGGUUCAUACAUUUACCUGUAUUUACAUUGCCCUUUAAUUGAAGCUAUCAUCCCGUAU